AGAGAAAAUGCGAAAUGGUAUAUAGUAAAUGUGAGGGCAUAAUUUACUCACCUUUUAGACCUGCAUUUAGAUUCAAAUCCUAUUUUUGGAGCUACAGAGCAACAAUGAAACGCUGAAGCACAGUCUUUGACUUGUAUGUAGAAGGGCUGCGUUUUAUUAUUUAUUUAUUUAUUUUAUAAAUAUAUUAAAAAGAGAACAUGGGGUCGUGUUACAGUCUUCGUCUAUUUGGUGAACCUAGUGGGUCCAUAUCUGGUAGUACUUCGGACCGCCACAGGGACACAAGGGGAUAUGGCGAGACUGUGCCCCUCCGCGACGGCCAGAUCCGCCGUAGGGACGCUGGCAAGCUGUCCUCUGGGGACCUCCGCCGUGGGGAGACUACUGACGGUGUGCUGAUGCAGAAUGGAGGGGAAGGAGGAGGAGGGAGAAGCGCAGGAGCGGAGCGUGAUCUGCAAUUGCAGCUUUUGCAGAAGCACAGCAAUCGGAAGCAGCAGAAAAACUAUGACAAACGGCGUGUCGAGGAGAAGGAAGCCAAAAAAGCGGCAAAGAAAGUCAGUAAAAACAUUGACAGAGCACUGAAGGAGCAGAAACGUGAAUACAUACAGGCCCACUGGCUGCUGUUACUGGGGGCUGGCGAGUCUGGAAAGAGUACUAUUGUCAAACAGAUGAGGAUUCUGCACGUCAAUGGAUUUAAUCCAGAAGAAAGGAAACAGAAAAUCCAAGACAUUAGAAAAAAUAUGAAGGAUGCCAUAGUGACUAUAGUUUCAGCGAUGAGCAUUUUAAUACCCCCAGUUCCAUUAGCCAACCCGGAGAACCAGUUCCGAAUGGACUACAUCAAAAGCAUAGCUCCGCUCUCAGACUUCGAUUACACACAGGAAUUCUUUGAGCAUGCGAAGAAACUGUGGGGUGAUGAAGGAGUAAAGGCAUGUUUUGAGAGGUCGAAUGAAUAUCAGCUCAUCGACUGUGCACAGUACUUUUUGGACAAAAUUGAUUUCGUGAGAGAGAAUGACUAUACACCCACAGACCAGGACCUGCUCCGAUGCAGAGUGUUGACAUCAGGGAUUUGUGAAACACGAUUUCAAGUAGACAAAGUAAAUUUCCACAUGUUUGAUGUGGGAGGACAGAGAGAUGAAAGGAGAAAAUGGAUCCAGUGCUUUAAUGAUGUCACUGCUGUUGUCUUUGUUGUGGCCUGUAGUAGCUACAACAUGGUGAUAAGGGAAGACAACAACACAAACAGGUUGCGGGAAUCGCUUGACCUCUUCAGGAGUAUCUGGAAUAACAGGUGGUUACGGACGAUUUCAGUCAUCUUGUUCCUGAAUAAACAGGACAUGCUUGCUGAGAAGGUGUUAGCAGGGAAAUCCAAAAUUGAAGACUAUUUUCCUGAAUACACACGUUACACUGUACCAGAUGAUGCAACACCAGAUCCUGGCGAGGACCCCAAAGUGACAAGAGCUAAAUUUUUUAUUCGGGAUGAAUUCCUUAGGAUCAGCACAGUAAGGGGUGACGUCAGGCACAACUGCUACCCUCAUUUCACAUGCGCAGUAGACACUGAAAACAUUCGCAGAGUGUUCAACGAUUGUCGAGACAUCAUUCAGAGAAUUCUCCUGCACAAACAUGAACUGUUGUGAUUGGGAACAUCUUGGAACCUGUGGUUUUGAAUUAUUUGUUCCACUCUCUGUAACUAGCCCACACAGGGUAGAAGAGUGUGUCAAAUCUUUUUUUUUUUUUUUGCAUUCUGUCCCAAAGUGCAGCCUUUUUUCCAGGAAAGGGGGGUGGGGGGGUUGAUUUUCCAUAAUCCUUCUUUCUUCCCUGUCAUUCCACUAAGGCUUUGUCUGCCUCUGUUUUCUUUUCUUUUUUUUCUUUUUUUUUUAAUUGGACCUCAGCCUGCUGAUUUUAAAGUGGGUUAGUAUUAGUACAGUCCUGUGUCUCGGGAGGCACGACAUUCAGACCUAUGCCUGUGUGGGUUUCUGUUUUUCUUUUCAGCACUGAUGAGUACUUGAUGGGGAAAAAAAAAUGAUAUAAUGCACUUUGCAUCAGGUUACUAAAAUACUGUUGAGGAAGUAUACACACAAUGUAGCAGCACCACAAUAUUUAUAUACAAUACACUAAU